CAUAUUCUUCUUCUUUUAUUUAUUAUUACUCAUCAAACUUUAAACAUCUCUAGUUUUUUUUUUUCCAAUUUAAAAAAAGAACUGAAAUGUCUAAACAAUGGAUGAGCUUAGUUGGAGCAUUAUGGUUACAAUCAAUGGCUGGAACAAACACAAAUUUUCCAGCUUAUUCUUCGCAAAUAAAAAAACUUUUAUCAAUUUCUCAAAUUGAACUCAAUAACUUAGCAUUCGCUUCAGAUGCUGGAAAAUUACUUGGUUGGUUUGCUGGUAUUGCAGCUAAUUAUUUACCCCUUUGGUUAGUUCUGUUAAUUGGUUCAAUACUUGGAUUGAUUGGUUACGGAGUACAAUAUCUUUUUCUCAUAAAUCAUAUACAUUCAUUAUCAUAUUGGCAUGUUUUUUCACUCACUUUUUUAGCUGGAAACAGUAUUUGCUGGAUCAAUACUGUAUCGUAUAUCGUAUCGAUUCAGAAUUUCCCUUUAGAUAGACAAGUUGCAGUUGGAAUAUCAACUAGUUAUAUAAGUUUAAGUGCUAAGAUUGUAACGGAUAUAGUUGAUGUUGUCAACGUUUUCACCCCGAGUAAAAGGGCUGAAACGUAUCUACUCAUGAACUCUGUUUUGCCCCUGUUUUUUGCCAUUGUUGUUGCUCCAGCAAUUCGGGAUAUGAAGAUUGGUAAAUCGAGGAAGUUAUCAGAUGGGUUCCGAGUUAUGUUUGUUAUAACUAUUGCAACGGGGAUAUAUGCUGUGAUCACUAGCUUAAAGCCUGCAAUUUCGAAGUUAUUGCCAAGUUUGUUGAGUUUAAUUGGAAUGGUGAUUUUUUUGUUGUUACCAAUCGUCGUCCCGUUGUUUGAGAGUAUGAAAGAACAUUGGCAUAGAAAAUGUUGGAUAAGGAGAGAUCCAAGGAUUUGUGAUUUGAGUAAAUUGGAGGAAGAUAUUAAAACACCAGAAGAGGUAAUUAAUUGUGGGGUUAAAGAAGAUAAUGAUGCUGGAUUUGCUGUAAUGGAGGAAAUUGGACCUAAGAAAAUGUUGAUGAAAUUGGAUUUUUGGUUAUAUUUCUUUGUUUAUUUGUUUGGUGCAACAUUGGGUUUGGUUUAUUUGAAUAAUUUGGGACAAAUUGCUGAUACUCGUGGAUUCACUGGAACUUCUUCAUUGGUUUCAUUAUCAUCUUCAUUUGGCUUCUUUGGUCGUCUUCUUCCUUCACUCUUCGACUACCUCUUCUCCAGGAGUAAAUAUGCAAUAUCAAGACCAGCUACGAUAGCAGUGACACUAGCACCAAUGACAGGAGCUUUCUUUUUACUACUCAACAAUAGUCACAUUUGUCUUUAUAUUAGCACAGCUAUAAUUGGAAUUUGCACUGGAGCAAUUACUUCAAUUUCAGUUUCACAAACAGCUGAGCUAUUUGGGACCAAAAAUUUUGGUGUUAAUCACAAUAUUGUGGUAGCAAAUAUACCAAUUGGUUCAUUUAUAUUUGGGGAUUUGGCAGCUAUGCUUUAUAGAAAACAAGAAAAUUCAUUAGGAAGUUGUUUGGGAAUUAAAUGUUUUCAAACAACUUUUAUUAUAUGGGGUUGUCUUUGUUUACUAGGAACUUGUCUUGCUUUUAUUCUUCAUAGAAGAACACAAAAAUUUUAUACACAUUUACGUGGAGGAAAUUAAUACUACUAUAUAGUAUUAACUUAUUAAUUUAUGUAAUAGUAUUGUUUAAGAGUUUCGACAUAUAUAAAUUCUGUAUAUAGUAUAUAUAAUGUAAAUAAAAGAUUUUG